AUGCAUCGAGAGAAUCAUCCUUGUCCAUUUGAUGAAUACAUAUUGCAAGAAGAAUACGUCAGUGAUUGGGUUACUAUCGAUGCAUUCGACGAUACGGAAGUAUAUGAAGAGGUCAACGAAGAUUACGAUGAAGCCGAGGAAACUAUGCACAGUACACAAGAGUCUCAACACGAGGAGGAACCUUUUGAUGAGCGUAUUCGAAAUUGGGCAUUAAAAACAUACCAAACACAUCAAGCUCUAAAUGGACUAUUAGAAAUUUUACGUAAAAAAACGGACUACCAGCUGCCGAAAGAUGCGCGCACGUUGCUUAAGACAAGGCAAGGUCAAGGACAAGGUCUCAAGGAUCACUUUCGCGAUGUGCCACCAAGAGUCAGCAAAUUUUCGUUGAACUUUUCGAUUGAUGGACUUCCACUGCACAAGAGCACUCGAAAACAGUUUUGGCCCAUAUUAAUGAGCAUUCAAGAAAUGCCGGAAGUUCCAGUAUUGAUGGUUGGCAACUUUUUUGGUGAAUCGAAACCAAAGAGUGUUGAGGAAUAUCUGCGUCCGCUUGUCGACGAGCUAAAUGGGUUGAUGGAUAAUGGCAUUGUAAUAGCCAAUCAGCCAAUCGAAAUACACGUAAGAGCUUUCAUCGCGGACUCACCAGCACGAGCAUUCAUAAAAGGUUCAGUUUACUUCAACCACACACAUGGUUGCCAAAAAUGUACGGUGCAAGGAAAAUAUCACAGCGCACACCGAGUUACAUGCUUCCCGGGAAUGGAUCAUCCAGCAAGAACGCAUGAAGAUUUCGUCCAAUCAAAUUACGGAGCACAUCAUCGGGAAAAAACGCCUCUCAUGGAUCUUAAGAACUUUGACAUCAUUGUUGCGAACGCGACAAUCCAGAUUUUUUAUAUUUCUUUCUAA